AUGGCACCUCUACGAAUCCUCAUCUGCGGCGGCGGUUGCGCAGGGCCCGCACUUGCUUACUGGCUAGCGCGUAGUGGUCAUCAAGUCACCGUCAUCGAAAUCUUCCCUGCCCUCCGGGCCACAGGUGCCCAAUUUGAUCUUCGUGGCCGGGGAAAUGAAGCAGCGAAACGCAUGGAUUUACUCGAAACGAUCCGCAGUAAGCUUGUCGAUGAAGAUGGUGUAGCCCUCGUCGACUCGGAAGGUAACAUCAGAGCAACCGUCAUGGCCAACAAGACUGGGAGAGGUGCUCAAUCUCUCACGUCUAUGUUUGAGAUCAUGCGUGGCGAUCUAGUGCGCAUUCUCUACAACGCGACAAAUGAUAAUGUGAAGUACUUGUUUGGAAGAUCGGUUGAUCAUUUCGAGCAGAAGGUGACUGUCUACUUCUCCAAUGGCCCCAGCGAAACAUUUGAUCUCCUCGCUGGAGCAGACGGCCAGGGUUCGCGCAUUCGCAAAGCCAUUUUGCCUCCUUCUUCUCCAGAUCCUUAUCGACGAUUGGGGAUCCAUAUUGCCUACUGGUUCAUUUCGCGCAUUGCCAGCGACAACAAUAUUCGCAGAGCAUACCUGAGCCCCGGAGGCCGAAUGAUCAGGCGCCGAAGCCACAGUCCAACAGAAACACAAGUCUAUUUUUAUCUCAGAGACGAUGCUUUUUGA